AUCACCCUCCUUCAACCCUUCUCAUCUUCACAAUCACACAACACAAGUUUGAAAGCUUCAAAGCCUACACUUCUUGGACCUUCAACAAGCUACUUUAUCAGUUGAUAAAACCUCUCAACCCAUUCACCAUGUCUCUCUUCCGUGCCAGCUUCCCCUCGGGCGACUUCGCCCCUCUCUUCCGCCUCCUGGAUGACUAUGAUGUCCACCGUGCCAGCCGCGAGACCACCAGCCGCACCUUCAAUCCUCGCUUUGACGUCCGCGAGAGUGAGGACUCCUACCAUCUGGAUGGUGAGCUGCCUGGUAUUGCCCAGAAGGACAUCAACAUUGAGUUCACCGACUCCCACACUCUGGUCGUGAAGGGUCGCACCGAGCGCGAGUAUCACAGCACUGAGCCGCAGGAGGGCGCCAGCAAUGAUGACACUACCGUCGCCAAGACCAGCAACCAGACCGAGUCUAAGCCCAGCCACCGCUUCUGGGCCAGUGAGCGCACCGUCGGCGAGUUCCAGCGCACCUUCACCUUCCCGGGCCGCAUCAACCAGGACAACGUCAAGGCCAGCCUGAAGAACGGCAUUCUCUCGAUUGUGAUUCCCAAGUCCACUGCUUCGGCUACCAAGAAGAUCACUAUCGAGUAAGCAAUGCUGGCGACCAUGGUCAAAGGUUCCUUUUAGGUAACCGUCGACCCGACUUUCAUGAGAUACGACCUUAAUCAUUAAUUGUUCUGCACGGACUUGCUUGGAAAUUGCCAAAAUGGACUUGCUCUAUUAUUGACUUUUCGUGGCCCAUGUGGCUAGCAUGGUCCUCCGGCCUUUUUUCUGUAUCAUAACUAGGAUGGAAUGUAUCAGAUAAUUUACAGAUUCGACCGCUUUUGCCUUCGAUAUGGAGUAGCAAAGAAAGUAAAUCCAAUUGUCCGCUAUUUCUUAUGUGGUUAGGUGUAUAUUGAAAGAUUAGUUCCAAAUCUGCGUGGUACAUAACAAGGCCGAA